CGGACAAUGGAGAGGUUCCCGAAAUGGUAUUUGCGUAAAGCUUCAUCAAGUAUGCAGAGCACAGACACCAGGAGGAAACAGGAACGAUCAAAUUCUCAAAACACAUUCCAUCUUUCAAUCAAUUCGCACAUCCAUACCUAUUUCCAUGGCUUCCAACAACUCACAGCCUCAAGGAUCGUCUUCUCCGGCCAAACCUGGCCUUCGGAAGCCGGUUUUUACUAAGGUCGAUAACCUCAAACCUGGAACUACUGGUCUGACGCUCGUUGUUAAGGUUCUCAGCUCCGAAAUCGUAUUGCAGAAAGGACGUGCUGCGUCUCCUAAUCUUCGUAAUGUUCGCAUUUCUGAAUGUCUCGUCGGUGAUGAAACCGGCACUAUUCUCUUCACUGCUCGCAACGAUCAAGUUGAUCUUAUGAAACCUGGUACUUGUGUCAUAAUCCGAAAUGGAAAGAUCGAUAUGUUCAAGGGCUCUAUGAGGCUUGCAGUUGACAGAUGGGGCCGUAUUGAGGUAACCGAACCUGUCACAUUUGAAGUUAAAGAUGACAACAAUCUGUCUCUUGUGGAGUAUGAGCUGGUAAAAGUUGCAGAGUAGGUAACCUGAGAGAUGAUGUUGCCUUAUGUUUAAUUAUGCUCUAAUUUGGCCUGAUAUAAUACGCCUUUGGAUCAGAAUAGCAACACGGGUCUCUCUGCUUUAUCAUGAAACAUAUAUUAUGGCGGUGGAUUUUGAUUGGGGGAAUGUUUUGGCUGUUCUGUUUAUAUAUCAUAUGACUAUUUGACCGUCA